GGCGGCGGCGGCGGCAUGCAGCCGGGGAGCGUGGCCGUCACCUCGGUGGCGGGCGGCUACCGCGGCGACCCGGCGGCCAAGAUGGUCCAGAGCGACUUCAUGCCGGGCGCCAUGGCCGCCAGCAACGGCGGCCAUAUGCUGAGCCAUGCCCACCAGUGGGUGACAGCCCUGCCCCACGCCGCCGCCGCCGCCGCCGCCGCCGCCGCCGCUGCCGCCGAAGCGGGCUCGCCCUGGUCCGGCAGCCCCGUGGGCAUGACGGGCAGUCCCCAGCAGCCGCCGCCGCCGCCCGACGUCAAGGGCAGCGGCGGACGCGACGACCUGCACUCGGGCGCGGCGCUGCACCACCGGCCGCCCCACCUGGGCCCCCCGCACCAGGGGCACCCGGCGGCCUGGGGGGCGGCGGCGGCCGCCCACCUACCCUCCAUGGCCGGCGGGCAGCAGCAGCAGCAGUCGCUCCUCUACUCGCAGCCCGGGGGUUUCACGGUGAACGGCAUGUUGAGCCCCCCCCCCGGCGGUCAGAGCCUGGUGCACCCGGGGCUCGUGCGCGGCGAGACGCCGGAGCUGGGAGAGCACCCCGGGCAUCACCACCACCACCACCACCAGCACCCCGGGCACCACCCGCCGCACCACGGCGGCGUCAACAGCCACGACCCGCACUCGGACGAGGACACGCCGACCUCCGACGACCUGGAGCAGUUCGCCAAGCAGUUCAAACAGCGGCGGAUUAAGCUGGGCUUCACCCAGGCCGACGUGGGGCUGGCGCUGGGCACCCUCUACGGCAACGUCUUCUCGCAGACCACCAUCUGCCGCUUCGAGGCCCUGCAGCUCAGCUUCAAGAACAUGUGCAAGCUGAAGCCUUUGUUGAACAAGUGGCUGGAGGAAGCCGACUCUUCCACGGGCAGUCCCACCAGCAUCGACAAGAUCGCCGCCCAGGGCAGGAAGAGGAAGAAGCGGACCUCCAUCGAGAUGCUCCUGGACGCGGGAUGCAGUCGCCCCCCCGCGAGAGGACUCUGUGGAGCCCUUCGGCCUCGCUGCCCACCGCUGCCUCCUUUUCUCCGCCGCCAACACAAAAGCCCUGACCAAAGCGGCCAAGCAGAGACGGCACAGCAAAGCCCAAGCCCGCUGCCCUCCCCCGUAAUGCGAACUCCUGAGGGAAAUCUCCCAGUGGGGCUGCGCUCCUAAAUCCUAGACUCUCUUAAUCUUUGCAGCUUUUGGUAGGAGGAAGAGGAGUUUGUCACCUAAGUUGCCCCUCGCACCUUUAUGUGACCUGACGCGGGCAUCGGGACAACAUUACUCCAGUUUCUGCAGCCCAAGAGAUCUCUGAGCAAGGGGGCUGUGGCAGGGAAGAGUCUUUGAAACACCCCCUUCCCUACACCCCAUGAACAGCUUUCUCGCUUUCGUCUUUGAAACUGUGUUUGAAACAGCAGCUGAAACACAAUUAAUUGUAACUGAUUAACAUGGAUCAGUUUCGCCUCCAAAGCACUUUAAGUCAAUUCAGCAACCAUAAUAAUAAUUAAUUCAUUAAUAAGUACUAUUGGUGCUUCGUCACUAACGCCAAGAAAAGUUUCCCUGAGAAGUACAGGUGGCAGGGAGUGUUAAAAUGAAAACAUUUGCAUGCAACUUUUUAACCAGAAGGGAAAGCACUUUGGUUAUAUUUGGAGACAUGUGUCUCACACAUUUCCCCCUUUUUUUGUAAACUAUGUAAGAAUAAACAUUACAGCUCUGGGCUUUUAAUUUCUCCAGAUGGAAUCAUAAAGUACCUAGUAGAUUUUUUUUUUUUUUUUAUAUAUAUACUAUACAAUUGAGGACACAUGUCUGCUUUUCCCGAUGAGGACCAAGAAGCAACUUAAUUUGAAGGCAUAACUACUGAACCACAUUUUGAAUAACACACUCGAACAAGUUCACUUUAAAAGGCAGGAAACCACUAAGAGCAGAGCACAGAAAGUUGCUCCUUCCCAUUUGAGCUGCAGUGGAAGAUCACCAGGCUGACCUUCACAUACACUUUGUCGUUUCGCACACACGUACAGAAGUACCCACGCGCGGAGGUGGCAGGGUGCCUAGAUGUGGAGGGGGCAUUUCCAAAGGCGCUCGCAUCCCCGGAAGGCUCCCCCCGCUCUGUCUAGGCUGAAGAGACUGCCCGGGAUCCCACCCCCGGCGCGACGGAGGAGUCCUCUGAUCCGCGGGUGACGUGAGAGAGGUCUCCUCCGGCCCCCCCGGCUGA